GGUUUGCAGCGCCGGACGGCGGAGGUUUGAACCAUCGCGGCUGCUGUAGCAGAAGGAGGAGGAGAGCAUGACUGGUCCUUUGACGUGGAAUAUUUCCGUAAAGAGACGAUGGAGGUGUAGCAACGUGUAGCUCGAAGCUAUCCUGUAUUAACCUUAAAUCGAGACGGGAUUUAACCCUGAAUCCCACUCGGAUCUGGGUUCACGGCGGGAGUUGACAGACAAGACAACAGUCUUUCACAGACUGACCCCUUUCUGUUCCCCACCUCCCUCCGCUCAGCUACAAUCAUGAUAAAAGCCAUUUUAAUAUUCAACAACCAUGGGAAACCAAGGCUUUCUAAAUUCUACGAGCAUUAUAAUGAAGACACAGAGCAACAGAUCAUCAGGGAAACCUUCCACUUGGUCUCGAAAAGAGAUGAGAACGUCUGUAAUUUCCUAGAAGGUGGAAUGUUGAUUGGAGGAUCAGACUACAAGCUGAUUUACAGACACUACGCCACACUGUACUUUGUCUUUUGUGUGGACUCCUCAGAGAGUGAACUAGGAAUUUUAGACUUAAUCCAGGUAUUUGUGGAAACGCUGGACAAAUGCUUUGAGAAUGUCUGUGAGCUGGACUUAAUUUUCCAUGUAGACAAGGUCCACAACAUUCUGGCGGAGAUGGUGAUGGGCGGGAUGGUCCUGGAGACCAACAUGAACGAAAUCAUCACACAAGUGGAUGCCCAAAACAAAAUGGAGAAGUCUGAGGCCGGUAUUGCAGGAGCGCCUGCUCGUGCCGUAUCAGCUGUAAAGAACAUGAACCUCCCGGAAAUGCCCAGAAACAUCAACAUUGGUGACAUCAGCAUAAAAGUGCCAAAUUUACCCUCCUUCAAAUAGUGGCAGCAAGAUCCUGAACCUGCAGAUGUCAGCCAAUGUUUACCGUGAUGCAAUCUGUUUACCAAAACCUCAAAAUUCUAACUUUUAUCAAAACUAUACAUCUUGAAGGUACUAUGUGAUCUGACACUCCUUGUUUUGGUGUUAUCUUUUUGUUUUUCCUAUUAAAGAAAAAAAUGUUUUACGUGUUCUUUUCUUUCUGUUUGAAGGAAAAAUUAAGUAUUUAUUUAUUUGUGGUACAUUCCUUCUGCCUCGCUGGAGGUUGGCCCUUGACGUUUAGCUGCUACAGUACAGAUCUGUGUCAGUUUGUAACUGGAAUUAUUUCACUGACUCAAGUGUUUACUUUAAAGAGAACGUGUGGCAGGUGGUGACGUUUUGGGACCGUUUUAUUGGUUUGGUUAUUUCAGACUAGAGAAAUCAAUGAAUGGAGGAAAGAGUAUGAAACUAUUUCAAAAAACCAAAUUGGAACAGGUCUGCUACAGUAUUGAAAGUCAUACAUAUACAGCUCGUUUGUAAAAUCAGUGCAAAGAAUAUUAUUAUAUUACAAAUAUGCUGUGUGACAGAAAUAUGGAUGUAUAUGCUGAAAGGAUUUUCUCUUUUCUUAUUUGUAUGCAAAAUAUUUUUAAAUGAUUUAUCAUGUCUUAUCAAAUAAUUAUCUUAAUUUUAAUCUGUGCAUGACUUUUUCUCUCUUCUUUUUCAACAUAAUAAACUGUCGAAACCAAA